UCCUUUGGUAGCAUCUCCUUUCAAUGUGUAGGAGGGAGGAUUGUGAUACCACAUGUGAAUGAUGAGGAUGGCGAGGAGACUGAGCUCUGCUGGAUAUCACGGGUGUAUAGGGGAAUAGUUUGGAUUCUAAAAGUUCCGUGCUGAAGGAGAGAGCGGAAAGAGAUGUUGCUGAUGGACUACCCAGCCGAUGUCAAUCUACUGCUGACAGCUGCAUCGUGUGACCUCUAUAGAAAAUAGAUGCAAUAGGGGAGAUAGAUAUUCACAAAGAUUGUUGUUGCAUGGAGAUAUGAAUUCCAUGCUUAUACUAGUAUUAGAGCUUCAUUUCUCUUGCAUUUCGUGCUAACACGGAACUAAUUCAGUGAACUUCUUCCUCUCGCCAACCAACUACUGAAACCUAACCCAAUCUUGCAAGCAGCUUGGAUCAUGGAACAGUCAUUACCCCAGAUAUGCAUGACCGCAGAGCAGGGGUCAUUGACCUUUUUAUAUGAUCCUUGUCUCAGCACCGAAGAUUGUUUCCUCAAUUACGAGAUGCUGUGAAUGUUUAUUUCCUUAUUCCUGGAGCUAAAUUUAGGCUUGCAGCGUACUUGUUUAUCAAAAAUGGAAUGAUUAUUUUCUGACGUUGCGACAAGUAUCACAUAACGACCUAGAUCAUCAAUGGAAACCAAUUUAACUACAUCGUACCUUGAUAUUUAAGCUUUAUCAGUCUUCGAUACAAAGGAGGAACUACAGAUUAUCUGUGACAACUAGUAGAACCUAUAGGAUAGUUAGGAAACCAUGCUUGCAUCAUUGAUGACUGGACAAGACAGAUACCAUGAGCAAUGCCACACUCUUUGAUAUUCGGAAUCGUGAAAUACAGCAAGGUAAUAAGAUGGAAGGAGACGAGAGACAUAUCAGCACUGCUCGCAUCGACCUCACCCCACCCACAUCACCUAAACCUACAGGGGAUACUCCACACCCACCUGCCCCCAGUACUACUGCUACUUCUACGGAAGUUUCAGAGAAGCCCAUUGACAGUAUGGACUCAGUCAGAACAGAGGUCAGGGAGUUCUUCCGUAGAUGCAGAGAAAUGCUUGACAGCAGAGAACAGGCCCUUCUACAACAGCUUUCUGAAGACAGAAAAGUCAUAAAGCCCCCUCUAUUGACAAAGAAGAGAAAGUCAGUCAAGAACCACACGCAUCAGCUCAAGCUGAACCCACUGGGGUCGAUAGAGGAAGGUAGCGGCAGUGAUGAGAACGGGAGCAAACCCUUGAACAACAAGGAAGAAGAGAAGCAGAACGGAUGCGAGGUGGAACUAAAUGCCAAAGACACUCUGAAAAGAAAACGUGGAAGAAAGCUGAAAACUGCCAGGCACGUCGACCUCAAGGAUGAGAAUGGAUAUCAUCCCACAUCAAAUCUAAACAAGUUUCACUUGAGUAAAGUAGACAAGAAGGAGAUGAAACAAUAUGAAAAUGCUGUCCAGAAUUUGGGAUUGAUCUAUGUCGGGAAUGCGGAUCCUUCAAAAACAAUCGCAGUGGCAAGGCCAGCGUUGGUGUGCGCAAAGUGCACUGCCAAAGUGAAAGCUAUUGAUAAGCGGGGUAAAGAAUGUAAGCAAGGAGGGGACAGCUUUACUGCUAACAUGCAAACCCCUGAUGGAGGGUCGCUCCCUUGUGAGUUCUUUGAUAAUGACAAUGGGACCUACACUAUUACCUUCAGACCAAAAGUGGCCGGGACACAUGAACUGAACAUUCUAGUCUCUGGACAGCCAAUCAAAAGCAGCCCUUUGCAGGUCAAAGUACAGCCAGUAAGGUUACAGGCCAAGAGUUCCUUUGUUGGUGGUCCGUGCAUGUUUGGGUUGGACAUUCCGAACAGGUAUAGGGUUCCUUUUGGGGAUAAACGCGAUGAGAGCGAGAUGGAACGGGCCCGUCUCACUCCUGAUAUGAUGAACAUUUUCGUAAGAGAUCAGGAGGGGAAACCUGUGGAUUCCUCGGUCGUAGGCUGCGUUUGCAAUGACAGGGAAGUCUCAACUUACAAUGUUCGCUUCUUGCCAGCAUCACCAGGGGAUUAUGACAUCAAUGUGCUUCUAAAGACAACAGGUGAUGUCAUCGCUCAACAGGUUAUACCCGUUCAUGCAAAGGAACAGAUAGGACGCAGCGGAAGUGGUGUAGGGGAACUGCUCAACCCGACAGACCUCACCAUAACCCCUCAUGGGGACAUCUUUGUAGCGGAUACUGUAGAAAACUCUCGCAUCCAGCGCUUCUCCUCAGACGGUAGAUACCUCAGUCAAUUCCCAGUAGACUUCCAAGAACCGGCUUUGAUAGGUUCCGACUCUGCUCACAUUGCAGCAGUGUUCCUAAGCUCAAAGCAAGUAGUUGUUUACACCUACGAUGGCUACCCCGUCCAUCAGUUUGGACAUGACCAGCUUACCCAUCCUCAUGGUAUAGCUCUCAACUCCCAGGGAAACAUCCACAUCAUUGACCUCACCUUACAAUGCCUUCUAAUCUUCACCAAGGUCGGCAAGCUUCUUACUCGUCUUGGACAAGACGGUUCCCGCCCGGGAGAAUUCAACCAUCCCCAUUUCAUCGCCAUCGGCUCCGAUGAUCACAUAUUCGUGAGCGAAGCCCGCAACUGCCGCAUCCAGGAGCUCAGCAACAUUGGCUCUUACGUCAAAGAACUCCGCUCCAAGGACAAAAUGGCUGAACCCGGAUCCAUCGCCAUAACGACUGGAGGUCACCUUCUGGUGCACGACGAGAAGAGCCAGAAGAUACAGAUUGUUAACUUGGAUGAGAAUCGAUUUGCAGGAAGUCUGCCUUUAGAGCUUAUCCAACCAAACACCGGACGCAUCGAUGUUACACAUGAUGGUUACAUAAUCAUCCUAGACAUGUUUCAUCACUGCCUUUGGCGAUACCGUAUACCAUAUGAAUCUUAGGACAUUAUAUUUGUUUGCAAGAUAUUAUGUCUAUAUCUAUUGUACAGAAAAUUGUGUGAAAUAUACACUGAACAACAAAGAUAUAUUGAUUUUUUGUGUGCCUAUAAACCAAAGUGAAUGCAGUAUUGUAGGAAUCUUGAAUUGAUGUACCGGUACAUGUAUUUAGUAAAAAAACAUAUUUGGGUGUGAGCUUUGCGAAUCAACAUGGCCUGUUAAAAUAACCAUGUAAUUCAUUCUCGGCAAGCAGUUAUCUGGGGGUAUUAAGUAAUAUCAUGUACAGUACAUUUCCAGAAUUAUGUACUGCUCCUAUGAUAAAUACAUACUUUUCGGAUUUAUUUCUUGUGACUUUUUUCCUCUGAAAUUUGUUUGGAGUUUUAAAGUUUUAUAUUUUCAGGACAAGAUUUAUGAAAGUUAUU